GAAUUUUUUUAAUAAAAUAAAAAUGUUGUCUUUUAUUAAAUUUAUUUUUUUCAAGUUUGAGAAAUUGUGAACUGCACUGACCCAUAACAACAAUGACAUCAUCUGGGUAAACCAUUUCCUCCACACAUAUCGUAAAUCCCGACUAUUAAAAUUCACCGAAAUCGACAAAAGUGACUUUAAAUACCAUCGUAAACAAAUUAGUCCAAGUCAUAAUGAAUCUUCUUUUGCUCGUUCUUGCAGCCAGUACAACCUUGGCCGACCAGUCGGCCUUGCAAGAGUUUAUUAACAGUACCAACAAAUUCGCUGCUUCUGUUUACAAAGGAUUGAAAAGACAGGAAAAUUUUCUGGUAAGUCCACUUUCAGCCGAACUGAUUGUAGCCUUGGCUCAGUCCGGGGCUAAAAAUGCAACCAAAGAAGAGCUUUGUCAAGGGGCAAAUUUACCAAUCAAUGAAAUGAUCAUCCGGGACGGAGUUGGUGAAGUUUUGGAACUUUUGCAAGAACCUGACUAUGUUAUACGGACCGUUAAUAAAUUGUACCUGACGGAGAAAUGUCCAAUCUAUGAUGAUUUUAAAAUGGUGGCAGAAAACAGCUAUAAGACAACUUUAGAAAACAUUGAUUUUGUUUCAAGAGACAAAGCGGUGGCAACAAUUAACCAUUGGGUGGAACAAGAAACCAAUUCCAAAAUCCGGAAUUUGAUAACCAAGGAGGUUUUGGGCAACCAAACUGUGGCACUUUUAAUAAAUACUCUUCGAAUGAAAGCCAACUGGACCACUCCUUUCAACCUCCUCGAAACCUACCCUUCGUUAUUUCACACCACUGAUAACACCACUACAGUGAUCGAUACUAUGCAUAUCUGGUCUGAAGAAUUUGAAUUUUAUGAAAAUUUUGCCCUAAAUGCCACUUUCUUAAUAUUGCCUCUCCAAGGCCAAAAUGUUACCCUAACUGUGGCUUUACCCCAAUCAAACAUUGAUCUUCUCGAGUCUCACAUUGAGCAGGUUUUAGAAGCCCCCCAAAAAACAUCUCGCGAACUCUUCAACGUGGCUCUUCCUAAGUUUAAACUAGAGUCUCAAAUCGACUUGAAGAAAGUUUUGAAAAAUCUAGGUGUAAGCAAGGCUUUCGAGGAUGGCGAGGCUGAUUUUAGUUUAAUUGCUGGUCGAAAAGGCGAACUGUUUAUCAGUGACAUCGUCCAAAAGACAUUUAUUGAGGUAGAUGAGAAUGGGAUUGAGGCCGCAGCGGCGACUUUUAUAAUAAAACUGAUCAAUCGUAACAGUAAUAAUGCACGGGAGUUUAGAGUGGACCGUCCGUUUAUAUUUUUUGUGAAAGUGAACGAUUUGGUUGUUUUUAUAGGAAAAGUUGUGGUGCCAACUUGAAAUAAAUUUUCAACAAAA